AUGGCGGAAAAGUCUGUUUUGGAAAGAAUAAAUACAGUGUUCGAAUUUACAAGAAUGAUGAUUAUUGCAGAGAAUAUGUCAUCAGAGAUAAAGGAAAUUGUUGCGAAUAAUACUUUCAAAAUAUUUGAACUUGGUGGAGAUUUGGUAAAAGAGAUCAAGUUGUUUGAAGAAAAAGGAGACUUGUUACUGAUAGUCCAACAGAAGAUCAAUGAACCAACAGAUAGAAAGUUUGCGGCUGCUAUAGUCAAGUUCUUGAUGUGA